CUGAAGGACUGCAGAAGAGAGGGGAGAGGGGGGAAAAAAAAGAAAAUAGCCAAGCCGGCGGCAUCUCCGUGGAUGUGGAAUAAGGGAGCUGCUGGGCUCAGGCGGAUUCCUGCGCUAAGUCAGGAGUUACAGCUGUUCCUGAGGAGCACCCAGCCUGGCUGCGGGGAGGGCGCCCGGCGAGAGGCGCAGACCGAGUCAAGCUCCAGGCUCUUCUCUUGUCUGACUCACCUCAGCACCACAAUGGAGCCCAACAGCCCUAAAAAAAUACAGUUUGCUGUGCCACUGUUCCAGAGUCAAAUAGAUCCCGAGGCAGCUGAGCAGAUCAGGAAAAGAAGGCCUACACCAGCAUCGCUCGUCAUCAUGAAUGAACAUGUGCCCCCAGAAAAAGAUGAGAAGAGAACAAACGUCUCACAGGCAGAGUCCCAGAGCGCCUCCCCCAAGCAGAGGAAGCAGAGUGUCUUCACCCCACCUGCCCUCAAAGGGAUUAAGCACCUGAAGAGUCAGAGUGAGUCAGCGUUUCCAGAGGAAGAAGAGGGAGUCAGUGAAAGGGAAGAGGAGUGGGGCCAUUGAAGAGCGGGGUGCUGCCUGGGGCCCCGUCCCGGAGAGUCACGGAGCCGCGCAGCCGCGUGUGCGUCCCACCAUCCGCCACCGCUUGUGUCCCCACACCGCAGCGCUCGGCCUGCCGGCGGCUCCCCGGGGAGCACCCUCAGCUCAGCUGGGCUCUACAGCCGCCUGCAGAUGUGUCUCGUGAUCCUUAUACCCACAGAUAAACCGGUUAUUUUAAAUUCUUCUUUCUUUCAUUUUUCUAUGACUUAGAAAUGUAAUUUGCAAACGUGUUAGCGACCUGACAUCAGUACUGCCAGAGCUUAACUACUGCGUGACCUGUACUCUGAGACCUGUUGUAAAUAAAACUGAUUU